UUUUAGGUUAUGGUCACUGACAACAAUCACAAUAACCUGCAAUUAGUUGAAUUCAAUAUUAUUAUUCUCCAAUAAAUUAAAAAAUGGAGGAGUCAACUGAGGCGGCAACAGUUACUACCCCAAAAAGUCUCAUACUAUUGGGCAGAGACGUUGCUCAAAUGCCAUGUUUCCGAGGAAGUUGGCUGUACGGCAUCACCAGCGGCGUCGGAAGCGGGAUCCUGACGUUCAUGUUCACCAGCAGAGUACCUCUGGCUUCCCACGUCACCCUGGGAAUGACUUGCGGGGUCACUCUGGUAUAUUUCUCAGUCUGCCGGUACCGAUUCGCUAAAGAGGAACUGAUGGCAGCCAGGCUCAAGGUUCUGAUGAAGGAAUCGGUGACACUUGAAGGUGUUGAUCAAGAGAACAAAGUCAAAGAAAUCGAAGAGCUCACGAAAAAGAAAGUUUGAAUAAUUGUACAUUUUAGAAUAUUAAUUAUUAUUUAUAACGCGAUAUGUAAAUACUAGGAUUGUUAACUCAAUAAUCAUUUUAUUAAUUAAAUACUGUCAUAUUUUGACACCUGUCAC